AUGGUUUCCCUAGGUCCUUGCAGCUUUUUCCUAGCAGAAUUUUCGAGAAAAAAAGACCUGCCAGGUGACCUCAUCGCGGAGGUUCAUGCUCGGCGUGCUCGCGAUCCGCGAAAGUUUCAGGAGGCGAUGCGUGAUGCAGGUCGUCGUCCCAACCCCUCCGUGUAUCGCCUGGAGCAUCGGGUCAUCGACUCCAGUCGACCUUUGGCGGAGCGCUAUCCGGGCAAACGGGAGUUCAACCUCCAGGAUUUGGAAGCCAUGCGGGUGGAAGAGGCCAUUGGAAACAUGCCUUUGUAUGCCAAAGAGUACGAGACCAGCUUGGGUCAAGCCUCGACCUAUGGACAGUUGGUGUCCAGAAGCUACGACCCCAAGUACUUGGCACGACGGGCUUUGGAUGAAACCAACAUCUUCCGAGGAUCCCAGAAGAUUCCUCCACUGAAGUGGUGUCAGGGCAUUGCGGACAUUGCUGCGGAGCAUGCCCGUCAGAUGGCCCGAGGUGAGAUGCCAUUCAGCCACGAUGGCUUUCACGACCGGGUGAAGCGCUAUCCCAUUCCACAUCUUAGUGCUGCGGAGUGCAGCUGUGGCAUGACCCUGCACAGUGAAGUGGCCUUGAAAGCCCAUCGCUUGUUUUCCACCGAGGUGGCGAAUGUUUCUUCCAUUCUUCAACGGCAUCCAGAAGCCUUGAUUGCUGGCGCACCCUUUCCAGACUAUUUGUAUGCUUGUGGCACGGACCAUGGAGCAGGCGAAGACGCUCAUUGGCAUACCUUCCAUGCCAAGGCCGCCAAGUACAUCCGCGAAAAGUAUCCAAACUGGCAGAGUGGUGAUGAGCAUGGUGCAAAGUUAGUGGCAUUUCUGUUUGGGGCUGUGUCACACUAUGCAGCAGACAUGAACUGGCAUGGUCAGCGCGUCAAGGCUGACAAUAUCACGAGGAACUUUGGCUUGGGAUUUCUACAAUUCCUUGGCGAGAUCGACUAUGGAUGCCAAGGGCGCUUGUGUCAAACGGCACAUUCGGAAGGAGAUACCGGAGGGGAGUUUGUGAUCCACCACCAGCUCCGCACGGGGAACAUUCAGCCGCUGCAGUGGUUCAUCCCUGUAGCAGACCUCGUGGAGAUCUUCCAUCAGGAGCCGCAGGCGCAUCCGAAUGUCAGCUCCAGAUGGAUCAUCGACUGUGGUGUGGAGUUUCGUGCCGCCGUGGAAGCCGUGCGCUUCGGCGGGGAGCUUUUAUUUCCGAAAUAUGCGCGGCCAGGGCCGUUUCUUCAGGAGCAGCUGCUGGACUUCUGGAUCGGCGGUUUUGAUGAUAUGGUGCAUUUUAGCCUAGUGGCAUGGCAGAAAUUCCUGCAGUGGCUCCUAGAUGGUCCACCAGAUCCUCCUCCGCCAGAGUUGAUACUGGACACCAGGAAGCCGCAUGGCUUGCGUGAGCUGCUGAGCUUGGGGAACCGAAAUGCCAGCGACGUGGCGGUGCUGCCAGAAGGCGCGGUGCUGAUUGGGCCCCAAGCUACCAGACACGUGGAACCGACUCAGCCGAACGAGACUGGCUUGUACGGCUAUGACGGAAGCUCCGUGUUGUUCUGCGACGUGGAUGGUGACGGCGAUCUAGAGGAGAUUUCUGGUGCUCCCGGAUGGUCAUUACCAGGAAAGCCAUUGCUGGGACAGGUGAAUAUCAGGAAACCAUCCACCGGAGGGACCUUGUCCUUACCCGCUCCAGAUGCCCAUGUCGGCGGUCGAUUUGGGCACUCCUUGGCAUGUGGAGAUUUUGAUGCUGACGGUAUUGAUGACCUUGCGGUGGGAUCCCCCACCAGAGGGCCCAUAGAUCAAGUCUUUGAAAGACAGGCCUAUUCUGGGCGAGUUGACGUGUUCUUUGGCUCGAAAGGAGGUUUGACCAACCCAUCCUGGUCAGCUUCGGCCAUUGGCCCCGCAGACCUCUUCGGCUUCUCCCUGUUGGCCCUGCCGGCGGCGCCAGGGACACCACAGCGCCUGGCGGUGGGGUCGCCCUACUUCGGCAGGGACGAUGCGGAGCAAAUGCGCCCGGGGAAGGUCCAUGUCUUUGCGCCGCGGCGCCACCGCACGGUGACGGUGGCCGAGGCAGAGGAAGAAUACGUUGGCUGGCAAGCUGGGGAGAAGUUUGGGAGCUGUAUUUGUGCGCAAGGUCAAGAGCUCUUCAUUGGAGCCCCUGGGCAGUUCGCCCGUGGCAACUCCAGCAGGGCAGCAGUUGGUGCCAUUUACUCUGCGAGCCGCGGGCAUUUGAAAUCGGUGCUGUCAGGGACAGAGCCUCAUGGUCGUUUCGGUCAUUCCUGUGCCAUCUUGGGAUCCAAGUUGGCUGUGGGACAACCUGGAAAAUCAAAGAAGGUCUUUCUGCACCAAGACACCUAUGCAGGUGCAGUGCUUUUAUUGGAUAUGGCUUCAGCCCAAAGCAAUGGCACUCUGCGAGGGGACGAGCAGGAGCUGCGCUUCCCAGCCAAAGCCUGGGGUCGCUUCGGCUGGUCCAUCGCCUCGAAUGGAAAGCAGCUGGCAGUUGGGGCACCCUUCAGGGAUGAUGAGAAGGGCUCCGUCUAUGUGUAUGAUGAUCCAAGUGGUCACUCGGCACCCAUAGCUCACCCUGGUUCGCGCCGAUGGCGCAUGGGAUGGUCUGUAGCCAUGUCCCCUUCAGCACUCCUUGUUGGGUCUCCCAAAGCUGGCGAUUCCCUGGGAGUGACGAAACGUUUUAAUUUCAGCGGGCAAUUGCCAGCGCGUGUCGCACUGUAUGCUUAG